AUGAAGGGGGUUGCAAGAAAGGACCUCCGAAUUCUUCCCUCCACCUACGAGCUCAUGCGUACCUUCAGAGGCCGGUGGAGAAGAAAGAGUCGUGAUGCAGUUAAUGACAUUCAGAUGCAUCCCCUUGACGAAUACGCCGAAAUCGAAUCAACCAUGGAGAUGCUUUUUUUCAGACGGAUUUUGCACUACGAGUUGAUGCGAGAUGACAGUCUUAUCCUGGAGUACAAUUCCAAUUGUCUGAGCAUGAGUGAACUCACUCCAUCCAUGCGAGCCACGCUCUUCAAUUGGCUGAUAAGAGUACAGGAGUACUAUAAAUUUCCCUCAGAGGCCUUGCACGUCGCCACAACUCUGGUGGAUCGUUUUACCUGGCGCAGAAUGACACGUCCGGAAAAAUACCAGUUGGUGGGCGUUGCAGCUGUUGUCUUGGGGGUGAAACUUACGACUCGUAAACCGAGUCCAUCUCUCGAGGAUUUGUGCUAUCUCACCGAGAAUACGUAUUCCACGGAAGAGGUGCAAUACAAGGAGGAGAAAAUGCUCAAGACCUUCGGUUACAACCUCAUCUAUCCCAUUCCACACACCUUUAUCGGAUUCAGCUUGAUUGGAUUUGAGGACUUACCCGAAGACGUGGAUGCGCGUGUGAUUAUCCUCCUGUGCCGCUACAUAUUUGAUCAGGGACUGACGGAGUUGUCUCUGGCGCAGUACGCUGCCAGCUUGAAGUGCGCCGCGACUAUGUACCUCAUUCGCCACCUUCUUCGACUCAUCUGCCAGUGUCCUCUCGGGGAUCUUACCAACUGUCCAUUUCACAGCAUAUCUCGGUGGACAGACAAAAUGGCCGGUGUCACGGGUCACAGAGAGACAACAGCCUUAAAGAGGGUCGCCUUCACCUACGGCUUGAUGCUUAUUGAAGCCCAAUUCUUCCUCAAUGAGACGACACCGGGAUUAAUGACGGGAUGUGGAUCAUCGCUCAGGGCCGCUUUCAAGAAGUACAGUAGGGACAACAGUCUGCGCAUAGCGAGGCAUCCACUCGUGAAAAAUUUUACCAUUGCUGAUAUCCUCCACCUGGACACGACUUGA